AUGUCAGCAGCAACUAAGGAUAGACUUGGUAUAUUUGAUAAGAAAACCCGUGAUGUCAUCAAGUCGGAUAUGAUCAAAAUGAGCAAUGGUGGUGGUGGUCAAAAAGUGGCAGUAAAAAGCGGGAAAACGGCACAAGAGUCACCGGAAGAAUCCAUGGCCAGAAUUGAGAAAAAGGUAGAAGAGAUGUCGUCAAAACACGAGGAUCUCAUGAAACUGAUGGCCGACAAAAUUUACGGACCAAUCGAGACGGGCAACGAGAAAUACGAACAUCAGUCGUUGGCGAAUUUGAUGAAUAUUCCAGAUGAUAUGGAGUAUUCACAAGAUGAUGAGGAGGAGGAAUUUCUUAGAUCCGCCACCUCGCAACCAUCCACUUCAAUGGCUCGUCAACGUAAACCAGAAGUCGUCACUCGUCAACCAGUGGCCACCAAGACACCGAAAGUUUCCAGAAAGACGACAUCACCUCCACGUGUCGAAUCGAAUCCACAAAUCACCGCCUCCUACAUCUUCUAUCGUUUCGCUUUCAUGUUCAUUGCUAUUUUCGUUGUACCUUAUAUCACUGCUUACUUCCGCAAUAAGUUCCAAAUGACUCUCAAACAACGUCUCUACAUGUGCAUGUUCCAUAAUCCCCAAAGUGAUCGCUUCCAAUGGACAGCCGCCGGACAUGUCGCCAAGAAGUCAACGAUGUCAUCGUCGCCAGCUAUAAAUUGGAGUUCAAUUUCUGUUGUCGUGUUAGUUGCAGAAGUAGCUUUUGUUGUUCUCUCCGCCUGUAUUCUUUCAGAUGACCAACAGCACCACAGAUUCGGAGAGGAGUCAAAAACGAUGAAGAAAGAAGGCUUCAGUGUGAAAUGA